CCAGGCGGGUCUGCAAGGCCGGAAGCGCUGCCCUCUCCCCGCGCCCUCCCCUUCCGGCUCACUUCCGCCUACUCCGCCCUGGUCCCCAGACCGGAAGUGCCGCACUUUAACCAGGUCCUGCUCGUCUAGGUCCAAACCCGGCGCCACCAAGAUGCCGGCUUACCACUCUUCUCUCAUGGACCCUGACACCAAACUCAUUGGAAACAUGGCCCUGUUACCUAUCAGAAGUCAGUUCAAAGGACCUGCCCCCAGAGAGACAAAAGAUACUGAUAUUGUGGAUGAAGCCAUCUAUUACUUCAAGGCCAAUGUGUUCUUCAAAAACUAUGAAAUUAAGAAUGAAGCUGAUAGGACCUUGAUAUAUAUCACCCUCUACAUUUCUGAGUGUCUAAAGAAACUCCAAAAGUGCAAUUCCAAAAGCCAAGGUGAGAAAGAAAUGUAUACCCUGGGAAUCACUAAUUUUCCCAUUCCUGGAGAGCCUGGUUUUCCACUUAAUGCAAUUUAUGCCAAGCCUGCAAACAAACAGGAAGAUGAAGUCAUGCGAGCCUACCUACAGCAGCUAAGGCAAGAGACUGGACUGAGACUUUGUGAGAAAGUUUUUGAUCCUCAGAAUGAUAAACCCAGCAAGUGGUGGACUUGCUUUGUGAAGAGACAGUUCAUGAACAAGAGUCUUUCAGGACCUGGGCAGUGAAGGGAGCCUGGGCAGCCACUGCCUCCAGCGCCUUGGACAGCAUUUUACAGCAAGAUGUAUACAAUCCUUUUUCUUUAUUUCAUAAAGUUUUAUACAGAAGAGAGAAGAGAGCAUGUCUUUACUUGAAAAGCUCUUGAUCAAGAAUUUGGGGGUGUGGGGGUGAGUUGUUGAAAGGUGAUUUGAAAUUUUCUGCAGUAUUAAGCUGGUGCUUAAUAAGAAUGAAUAAUAAUAAAUAAAUUUCUAACAUUUCAUGUCAGAAAAACUUCAUUGCUUAUCUUUGACAUUCAAUUAAAACAUUUUUGAGAUAAAAUUCACAUUCCCUACUCUUCACCCUUUUAAAGUGUUUACAACUUAGUGGUUUCUAAUAUAUACCUAAAGUUUUAUAACCAUUGCCACAAACUCCAGAUCAUUUUCAUCACCCCCAAAAGAUGUAUCUGUACUUUUUAGCCAUCGCUCUCCCUCAUUCCUCCCUAACCCCUCUUCCUGACCGCCACCAGAAGUAAUCUACUUUCUGUCUCUAGAUUUGCUUAUUCUGAAUAUUUCAUAUAAAGGAGUCAUACAAUAUGUGGCCUUCUGUUUUUGGUUUAUUUCACUUAGCAUGUUUUCAAAGUUAACCCAUCCUACACAAUACUUAUUUUUGAUUCAUUUUUUCCCUUUUUGUAUGUGUAUAUGAGAGAGAUGUACAUAGCACAAUAUGUACAGAGUCAUUACUUACAUUUACAGUGUUGUGCAACUAGCACAUAGUAUUUUCAAAACUUUCAUUGCACAAAAUGGGCCUUUUGUGACCUCUAACUUACUUUUGGUCUCUGAAUUUACCUGUUGAGGGUAACACUCAUGUAAGGGGAAUCAAACAUUUAUCCUUUUGUGUAUCUGCCUUCCUCGACUUAGCAUAAUGUCUUCAAAGUUUGUCCAUGUUGUAGACUGUAUCGGGAUUCACUCCUUUCCAUGAGUAAUAUUCCAUUGUAAGGAGAGACCACAUUGUGUUUAUCCAUCAAUGUGUGAACAGUUGCUUUAUAUCCAUUUUUUGGCACUUUAUAACAGUGCUGCCAAGAACAUUCAUAUACCAAUUUUUAUGUGGACAUGUGUUCAUUUCUCUUGGUUAUUUCCCUAGGAGUAGAAUUGCUGAGUCAUAACUGUUUGACUUUCUUAAGAAUUGCCAGACUGUUUGUUCAUCGCAGCUGCACUAUUCUGCAUUCCCACAUCCUCACUUUUGUUCCUUGCUAACCCAGUCGAUGUGAAAUAAAAUCUCAUUGUGGUUUUGAUUUGUA